AAGAUGGCGGCGCCCGCGGGGGCCGGGACAAGGAGUUCAUGUCAGCGAACGGAGCGGUGUGGAGUCGCGUGCGGGGCCGCCUCCGCGCCUUCCCCGAACGCCUGGCGUCCUGCGGGGCCGAGGCCGCGGCGUACGGCAAGUGCGUGCAGGCCUCCACUGCCCCAGGCGGACACCUGAGGAAGGAUCUCUGCGCCCGGGAGUUCGAGGCCCUGCGGAGCUGCUUCGCUGCCGCGGCCAAGAACACCAUAAAGGGAGGCUGCUAGCAGGGACCAACCCACCCAGGCUGCUGGGCUGCACCCAUUUGCGGCCCACCAGUGCAAAGCCAGGCCUUGCCACCGGCGCCGCAAGGCAGACUUCUGACACUGGGGCUGAAACGGGCAUGGAGAGCUUGGCUCCCGAAUGGGGUGGUGUCUCCGCAGUGAGAGCUGCAGGCACAGAAGGAGAGAUUUCCCAGCAUUCCGUCCACAGGGUGUGGGAUAGAAUAAAACAUACUUGAAGAAGGACAACUGGUGCCAGAGUCUGUUUUAUAAAAGUGCUGCCGUGAGGCUUGAACA